GAGAAAGACGAGAAGAAGAAAAUGCGGCGAAAACAAAACGACGACUACAAAACAUCCUCCAAACUGUAACGUUAGAUACGAAACUAAUUUCCUUUUUACGGACGCACAGCUUGACUAGAUUCAGGCUAACGUUACUGCUGGACUCACUAAGACUGCAUAGAUAGCUUGGUUUAAUUAUCGACAAGUUACAGCUAACGAUAACAUAAUAUUAGCUAGCCACUAGCUAGCGUUACCUGACGGCAAGCCAACUAGCUUAGCUUCGACGGGGAAUUUUGACGUAGCUUGAGCUUGCGAGCUGUUUAGCAACAACUCUGGGCAGCAUUUCAAAAGCCAAAACAUGUCAGAAGACUACGAAUUCAGCGAUGACACGACCAUGAUGAGAAUGGAAGAGGAUGGAGAGGCUAACAGUGAUGACCCGAUGUCUGCGGCUGGGGACUGUGGCCUGAUGGGGGGCGAGGCCGAGGGAUCAAGAAUUGACGCCAGUAAAAACGAAGAGGACGAGGGGAAGAUGUUUGUAGGGGGGCUCAGCUGGGACACCACUAAAAAGGAUCUUAAAGAUUACUUUUCCAAGUACGGGGAGGUUGUAGACUGCACGUUAAAACUGGACCCCAUGACUGGCCGUUCAAGGGGCUUUGGCUUUGUGCUCUUCAAAGAUCCUGAAAGUGUUGACAAGGUAGCCACACAGAAGGAACAUAAACUCAAUGGAAAGGUCAUUGACCCAAAAAAAGCCAAGGCCAUGAAGAGCAAGGAGCCCGUAAAGAAGAUCUUUGUUGGUGGUCUCUCUCCAGACACUCCUGAAGAGAAAGUCAGAGAGUACUUUGGUGCCUUCGGAGAGGUGGAGUCAAUUGAACUUCCUAUGGAGAACAAAACAAACAAAAGGAGAGGCUUCUGCUUCAUCACAUUCAAGGAGGAGGAUCCAGUUAAGAGCAUCAUGGAGAAAAAAUACCACAAUAUUGGACUCAGCAAGUGUGAAAUUAAAGUGGCCAUGUCCAAGGAACAGUACCAGCAGCAGCAGUACUGGGGAGGCAGAGGUGGAUACUCAUCCAGGUCUCGAGGAAGAGGCGGUGGUCCCAAUCAAAACUGGAACCAGGGUUAUGGCAACUACUGGAAUCAAGGCUAUGGAAAUUAUGGCAAUUAUGGUUACAAUAAUCAAGGAUAUGGAGGAUAUGGUGGUUAUGAUUACCCUGGUUACAACAACUAUUAUGGAUAUGGUGACUACAACGAUCAAUCUGGUGGAUAUGGCAAGUCGCCUCGGCGUGGUGGUCACACCAACAGCUACAAGCCGUAUUGAUGGGGGAAACCCUCAUCUUCAAUUAGGUAUGUGAGAACAAAAAUACACCACUUCCUGUUAACUUAAAGUAGUCAUAUUUACUUUGCUGUUUGGUAACAUAAUGUGUAAUUUCCUCUUGUAAAUUUCUUUUUCUCAGCACCCUCAAGUGCUUUACAGUAGUGGUAACAUAGAGGCUACACUCUUGUGGCGAUUAUUUUAACAGCUGGCCUUCUGCUGCCUCUUUUGCACCUUCUUUCUUUUUUAAACUGUAAAGUUAACAGGUAAAGUACUGCUACUACAGUAAAUGGAUGCCAAAGUUAAGGAUGUGCAAGGAAACAGAAAAGGAAGUGUGUUGUCUCCUAACUCUGACAUACCUUGUUUGUACCUGCCAGCGGAGCUUCCUUGCAGGCCAUGAGCUGACUCCCAGAUACUCUCAGGGCCCGCUCAAUGCGGACCGGGUACGAGAAGCAUACGCUCUCGAAUGCUGCCAUUUGGUAUGGUCUUACAACAUCCUGUAUCAGCAUUUCUAAACUAAAACAAUAUGGGACACGUCCAGCUUUGUCAUCUUUCUUUCCAUUUUAAUUUGUUUGCAACUGUUUGUAAUGUAAAACUUAAAUUAUACACAUGUAAUUGUCAUUUUUUACAGGCCCUUACUCCCCCACAAGUAAUGAUUAUAAAUAUGAAAAAAUAACUAUUUGCUUUUCAAAGGAUACGUACAGCAUUCUCUGGACUUCCCAGUUCCUAUUGUUAAUAUAUGCAUUUCUAAUCUUAUCUAUCAUGCUUGUUUCUUUAUUUAGCUCUUGUAGCCUGUAGUCCAUGAGCUAAAACCUGGUUCGUAUUUGGACUCUACUGUGUUGGGGGAUAAAGUGCUUUACUUUGUGUACAUGUAUUGCUCUGUUUUGUCUUACUGACAGCGAUGGAAAAGACUCCUCUUUUGUUAAUUUUCUUGUAACGAAUUUUCCUCUUAUGACCUUUUGUAAAACAACAAGUGUCACUACAUUUCCAGAAAGUUGCAUGUAAUGCUUUCUUUAAUGUGUAUUUUUGACCAAUCAAAGGUUUCUUCCAUUUAGUAUUUUGGCUUUGACCUCUUCAAUUUAUUGCGCUUCAGGAUUUCUAGCUUAUGGACUAACUUUUUUUUAACUGUAAACUGUUAAGCUAAUUGUUCUCAGUUUGUCUUAUUGUUUUUACAUUGGACAUUAUAAACACGGGGAUUCCUAUUUUUUUUUAUAAUUUAGCCUUUUUGUGUUCAUCUGGAGCUGAUAAGUUCUCGUUUGUUUUUCGUAGGUUUCAGAGUGAUGAAAGACAGCUGUGGGCUGGUGGAGCUUUGACCAGAGAGAUGAUGGUAUCCAGCAAAGAUCACUAGCUGAUUGUAAGGAAAUAAAUGAAGAGCACUGUGGCCUACAGCGCAUUUCCUCUAUAUUUACCAGAGUAUUUGUUGUAUCUUCAGAGUUUUGGAUUUUGAUGUUUGGCAUUUAUUUAGAUUACUGCAACAUUUCUGCAUCCCUUCUUGUUUUUGUAUUUAUUGUUCUCAUAUGCUAUUUGUGAAUUGCUUCAUUUAUUACAUUACUGAAAUGUUAGUUUGGUUGGAACAGAUAACACACAUAUAUACAGUACUGUGGUAGCAAAGAUAUGAAAUGCAUUGUUACAAUUUAUCCUCUUCAUCAUAGUUAUCAGUCUUAUAAUACAUAUGUUAUCACAGUUUGACAUUCAUAAACUUACAGUAUAUAUAUAUAUAUAUAUAUAUACACACACACAGGCAAUUAUACAUAAAUGCGACAAAAUAAAAGUAAUAAACACA